UCUUUUGAAUAAGGUGUUUGUCAACUUGUCAAUUGUUUUAAAAAAAUGUUUUUAUGGUUAUAGUUGUCAAUAAUAUUUUUAAUAAUGUUUACAAAUUUCCAAAUAUUUUUUAAAUUAUUUGGAAUAUGCUGUGUUCAUUUUAUAUUAGUAAACUAUGUAGAAGCAGAAUGCACUAUCCCAGUUGUCAUACGAGGAACUUGGUUCUCUUGGGAGAGUGGAAAACCUACAACCACUGAAAUUAAUGCAGAGGAAGUUUCAAAUAGAGGUUAUUGUGUUGAUGUAAAGGAAGAAUAUCAUGUAAAUUACACUUUUGUUCUAAAAGAUAGAGAAUGUUAUCAUUGUGUAAAAUUAAUUGUUCGCACUGUUAAUGUUUUAGAAAAAAUUGAAAGUGUUUGUGUAACUUUAAGACCUGGCGAAGAACCAACUGUUGAGAGAGUUUGCCGAGGUCUGAAUCCUGCACAACAACUUAUUACACUCUUUAGUGAAAAUUAUGUCCCAGUUAACUGCAGAUCUUCUCUUGAAGGCGUUUGGCAAUUUACGUAUCAGAAUCGUUUUCAAUUUACGGGAGAAUGUAAUUCACCCGAUGCAACAAUAAGAUCUUGUCAAGCUGCAGGUUCACAAUUUUUAAUUUCAAAUCAGAAGUUUAAUAUUACAUAUCGGGAAUGUCAGGGGAUGAAAGGAACUUUCAAUGGAUUGGUGGAAUACAGUUGCUUGGGACAUUGGUUUGUUGACAAAAAUCAUUACUUUGCUGUUGCUAAUACUAAAGAAUCAAGAAAAGAUGAAAAAUAUAGAUGCUUUUUGAAAAAUCGUGAUGAUGAUUUAUACAUCGGUGUUUCAAUAACAGCUGAGUGUAAUACAUUAAAAACUCCAGAAAGAUCUCCGGAGAGAUUGAGAUUAACACCUGUUAAGGCUGAAGUUGUAGAACCUGGAUGUAGAUUGCCCCAAAACUUUUCUGGUGAAUGGAUAAACACUGCUAACCUUGACGCCGAUGUGUUCAUAAAUGAAACACAUAUCAUUGAGACUUGGUAUCCUGAUGAAGGAAGAUUUAGGAAAACAAUUUAUGUUUGCAGAGAACAAAGGGAUAGUAGAGUUAUGAUGGCACGUUUAACUGUUGAUGGAUGCCAGAAAGAUUUUAUAUGCUUUGACUUUGUACCUAAACAUCAUAAUGUUAUACGUUACCGAAAGGGUGUAGCUGUCAUCAAUGACAAUUUUCAUACAGUCUGCUCAUGGGUCCAAUUUAAAAAUGAAGUCCAAUGGAAAUAUAGUUUAUUUUUAGCUAAAAAUCCUGUACCUGUUCGAUGUCCAGUUGCUGGAAAAUAUAAUUUUACACAACGUGGAGAUGUACCAUUUGAGACAAGAAUUUUAGGAGGUGUUACAUUAAGUCCACGACCGAACACUUAUUGCAAACAAAAUAUUUCUGAUUUUUCAGUUUGUGGUACUGACCAAAAAGAAAUUGCUAUAGAUGAAAACUAUUGUUUGUCUCUUGAUCAUUUGGGAAGGCCUGUUGAUAUAUACAGCGACCCUGACUACAAAAUGAAAUGCAUUGGUUUUUGGAAAGAAAACUUGAAAUCUUAUCUCAUCACCUAUGAUGAAUUGGAUGCAUUGACAAAGUAUCGUUGUUGGGUAUACCAAAGGGCAGAUCUUAAUAGAGUACUCAUGUCUCAAGCUGUUGGACCUUUUUGUGAUCUUGACCAAGAUGUAACUUCUUGGAACUACACUGAAGGAGCUUCAGUUGCUAUAGAAAUGCAAGAAUAUGAACGUGAACGUGAUCGAUGCCCAAUGCAUUUUGAUGAUGGUUCAAAUCCAUGGGUACAAAGUGAAAAUUAUAUUAAAGUAUUUAAUUUUGGUUUCUUCCGAAGUGCCUCUCCAAAAUUAUGCAUGAGUUUAUUAACUUUAGUUGUAUCAUUUUUAUUAAGCAUGAAAACAUAAAUAUGCAAGUU